AUGUCUUUCCAGAAGCCCGAGAAGGAUUUCGGCGAGGGCCCUAAGGUCCACAAGAUCCGUAUCACCCUUACCUCUCGCAAGGUCGCCUCCCUCGAGAAGGUUUGCUCUGAGCUGAUCGACCGUGCCCGCUCCAAGUCCCUCCACGUCAAGGGUCCCGUCCGUCUUCCCACCAAGACCCUUCACAUCUCCACCCGUAAGACCCCCAACGGUGAGGGUUCUAAGACCUGGGACAAGUACGAGAUGCGCAUCCACAAGCGUCUCAUCGACCUCCUCGCCCCCACUGAGACUGUUAAGCAGAUCAUCAUCAACAUCGAGCUGGUGUUGAGGUUGAGGUCACCAUUGCCGCUUAAACUUACUCAAAAAUGUUCUAGUUCAGUUCAGGGAGGGAGUGAUAUCCGCUCUUGA